CUGAUUCGUCAUCCGUGAGUCAAGUAUUAAUAUUAGGAAAAGAGGGGGCUUAAUUGAAGAAAGGGAAGGGAAAGAAUGAUAUAUAAAUGAAAUAACAGUGUUCUUUCAGUGUUGAUUUGAAAUUUAAGUUGUUGAAUAUACUUACCCGUCAAAAUGAAAGAAAUUACUGUUGCACUUCUUGCGAUAAGUUUUUUAGCAUUGACAAAUGCUCACACUUAUCACAUGGGAGAAUGCCCUGUUGUACAACCAGUGACUGAUUUCCAGAUGAGUAGAUUUUUGGGAUAUUGGUACGUCAUUCAAAAAACUUCAACUGCUAGUAAAUGCGUUGGAUACAAUUACACACGUGGCGAUGAACCUGGAGAAUACACAAUUUCUCAAGAAUCAAAUCAUCCAGUAUUGGGCCUUACUCCUCUGAAACAUGAGUAUCGUUAUACUGGUGAAUUAACUGUACCAGAACCAAGUACGCCAGCACUGAUGCAGGUUCGCUUCCCACUGAGUGUAGCUGGAAGUGCUUCCCACGUUAUUUUUGCAACAGAUUAUGAUAACUAUGCUGGUAUCUUUACUUGUCAAAAACUUGGAUUUGCACACCGUCGGAGUGCUACAAUUUUAUCACGUAUGAAAGAACUUGACAAAACGAAAGUUGAUGCUAUACGAACUAAGUUAAGCAGUUACGGUGUUGAUCCUUAUGAUUUGAGUAUUGUACCCCAGAGUGGGUGCAAUUUUGGUCAAGAUCCCGUUGAAAUUGACAUUAAUCCAGAUACUUUUAGUUCUGAAAACGUUGGUAAAAUUUUCCGCAAAGCAGGAGAUAAAAUAAAAAAUGGUUUUGAAUGGGUUGUGAACGCGGGAAAUAACGUUUACCAUAAAAUCACCGGUAGUGAGACAAAUGAUUCUGGUAAAGAUAAUAUAAAAGACCAGCAACCUGGGACAGUCAGACCUAUUAGUCAUCCAAAAAUUGAAACCAAUGAAGUAGAAUGGAUUCCUUAAGUACACUAGUAUAUUUUAUACUUUGACUGAUUACUACUGAUACACUUAGCUAUUUUUAAUAAUAUUCCACAAAAUUUACAGCAUUUAUUCAGCGUAAAUAUAAUACAAUAUAUAAUUAUUUUUCUAUUUACUCUGACAGUUUUUGUGAUAUUGAUUUAUAUUCAUUAUGUAAUGUAGAUAGUUUUGUAAAAAUAUAAAUCAUAGAUUAAAAAAUGAUUAUGUUAAUAAAAAAUUUUAUUAAACAAAAAC